AGUAACCCAACUGGCGAUAAACGUGCACGUACAAGAAACAACUAGAACGCCUGGAUGCAGCAGCCCGCUCAGGGAAUUCUACUAUCUAGUUACCUUGCGUUUAGAUGUCAACGUCUGUUGUUGAAAGUGGACUAUUUAUGACACGACGAUGUCCACUUCAGCACGUGCUGUUUCUACAACCCAAGACAUCUUCUCGUGGUCCUCGGGCUUGUCGCAGAGUGCACAUUUUCAUUCAAGAAAGCCGCCUGGCAAAAAUUUUCAGCAUAAAAUGAACAUGAGCUACUUCUUCUUUCUGUACACCGCAUUAUUUUCCUGUUUUAUUUCCUUCGCAGACGCUUUUCUUCGGCACGAAGAGAGCUACGAAAAGGUGGUACUUCCCGACGGAUUUUUGAACGAACAGCGGGAAAGCCGCGACAAGGCGUGGAAGCCACGACAAGGAGGGAGCGGGUCGCUUCCCACUGUCACUAAUCGACCACCAGAACAACAACCAGCGGGAGAUCGAGAUUUUGGAUAUGACGAGCGCGCGCAGCAAAGUAUUGCAGAAGCCGCGCAAGGUGACUAUUCGAGGCUUGAUGUUGUUUCAGGGCACCACCGUGAAUCUGAUCAGGUCCAGAGAAGCCGCGCUUCUAGUAAAAGAGCUCAUGAAGAACAUAAAGGUACUACAAGAACCAGUGAAAGUGAAAGGGACAGUACCUCCAGGCAAGUAACUGCUUUGACAAAGAACCACAGAAGGGCCGCUUCGCCUUCGGCACAGCGGACAGCCAAUUAUAUGGUUUCGGAGGACAAGACAAGAACCCCGGUCGGGACCACACCAAGAGCACUCCCUCCGCCCUCCGCCUUGCUCCAGAAAGAAGAGCGAAGAGGUGGCGUGCGGCGCACAGGUACUAGCGGGCUGGUGCAACUAGUACACGAAAACAAAGUACAUCAAAAUUAUGCAGAAGGGGGUGGUCGCGAGCAGCAGUAUAACAAGAACUUCGCGCAGAUAAGUAGUGGACAUGGAAAUAAAGCAGCGACUACUUCUGGAAGUACCUCUGACAAGAAAAUAAUCGAUUGGUGGACGCAGCAGACGACCAUGAACAACAGAAACACGGAUUCGAAUUACGGCUUCACUUCGACUUCCAACGACCCGUUUUACUAUGGCUACGACGGAUCCGCCACGAAUGGCGACUACACCAACUCCGAUAAUAAUUACUACGAUAGUACAACCCCUCUGGCCAGCGGAUCUCCUUCGUCCUAUCCGGACGCGACGAAAAAUUCCUACACAGCGGAUUACUACUAUAACAACGAUAACAUCAACACCCCGGUUUUCCCCGUGUUCUACGGCUUGGUGGGCGGCGUCUGGCUUUGGUGGCACCAUUUCUGGUCGGUUGCGCUCGGGCUGCGCGCGCCGCCACUUUCCAGUUAUGAGUGGAGGUAGACUUUUUUGCUAUAAUGUGGUGAAGAAGUAGUAGGAAAUCAAAUGAUAUUAUCCUUCAUUCAUCUUCAGGACAACAACAUUUAUUUUAAUUAUGUCUCGUGUCGGUGUCUGACAAAGAAAGAAGCGUCCUGCUUACUUGUUUUACAGAGCCGCCGCCGAGCGCCAAGCGCGGCGUACUGCGGAGAAACAGGGUCCCUGCUACAUAUCCGUCGCCGAGCGGCAGAGCUGUCCCGUGCCGGCCGUCGACCUCGGCAUGAGUAACACGGUGGAAUCUUGCAUGAAAAAGGCACACAGGUGCGUGCAAACCGGUUGCUAUGGGCGGAUGGACACAACACCCGGGGCCGGGGGACUUAAUUACAUCGCUGGAACAAACAAUUACGCCCUGCAGCAAACCGCCAUAUCAGGUGGAACAACUACAGACGGCACCACGUCGGCGGCUUCUAGUAGCACUAGCGUCCCGGACACCAUUUCGUUCGGACGCCCCGAGUUCCCCGGGUCGGCUUUCCGCUGCUUACUGAAGAAAGCGAACACCGUAUCAAAGAAAAAAACUUUGCAGGUGUAACUUUUUUGGAGGAACAGCAUUACAAACAAGGUCCGAGCACGGGGACAGAGUCCCCGUGCGGCGACCUUCCGGCAUUUGUCUGCGCGGUGGCACUGGGCAGGCAGGUCGCUCGCAGCUAGGUAUCUCGGUGCGCCUUGCAUCCAAUGACCCGCGACGGGCCUCCUGCGGACACGGCUCCCUUGGUUGCGCGCACUAGAUUCAUUAGCCUGCCGCGCGCAAAGAUAAAAAGAAAAGAAGAAACUGACGCCGGGUCUGCAGCCGGGCGGCCCCCAGGUUAUGGCGCUGCGACAGAGCCCCCGCAUUGCCCUAGGGCUUCUCUUUGCCCCCUCCUUGGCCGCCCGGUGUGGUUCCCGGGGAGCGCUUACAGCUGGCCCCUAGGCCAUGGCGCGGGGGCCGAGUCCCCGCUUUGGCCUAGGGUUUUCGGCCCUUGGCCGCACGGUGUCCGGGGAGCGCUCCGAGCUGGCCCCUAGGCCAUGACGCGGGGACCGAGUCCCCGCGUUGGCCUAGGGUUUUCGCCCCUUGGCCGCACGGUGUCCGGGGAGCGCCCAAAGCUGGCCCCUAGGCCAUGACGCGGGGACCGAGUCUCCGCGCUUUCGCCCCUUGGCCGCACGGUGUCCGGGAAGCGCUUACAGCUGGCCCCUAGGCCAUGACGCGGGGGCCGUCCGAGUCCCCGCGCUGGCCUAGGGCUUUCGCCCCUUGGCCGCACGAUGUCCGGGAAGCGCUUCCAGCUGGCCCCUAGGCCAUGACGCGGGGACCGAGUCCCCGCGCUGGCCUAGGGCUUUCGCCACUUGGCCGCACGGUGUCCGGGAAGCGCUUACAACUGGCCCCUCGGCCAUGACGCGGGGACCGAGUCCCCGCGCUGGCCUAGGGCUUUCGCCCCUUGGCCGCACGGUGUCCGGGAAGCGAUUACAGCUGGCCCCUAGGCCAUGACGCGGGGACCGAGUCCCCGCGCUGGCCUAGGGCUUUCGAUCGCCCGGCCCCUCGGGCGCACGGUGUCCGGGAAGUGCUUACACCUGGCCCCUAGGCCAUGACGCGGGGACCGAGUCCCCGCGCUGGCCUAGGGCUUUCGAUCGCCCCUUGGCCGCCCGGUGUCCGGGAAGGAGGCGCUUAGCUACAGCUGGCCCCUAGGCCAUGACGCGGGGACCGAGUCCCCGCGCUGGCCUAGGGCCUUCGCCCCGUGGCCGCACGGUGUCCGGGAGCGAAGCGCUUACAGCUGGCCCCUAGGCCAUGACGCGGGGACCGAGUCCCCGCGCUGGCCUAGGGCUUUCGCCCCUUGGCCGCACGGUGUCCGGGAAGCGCCUACAGCUGGCCCCUAGGCCAUGACGCGGGGACCGAGUCCCCGCGCUGGCCUAGGGCCUUCGCCCCGUGGCCGCACGGUGUCCGGGAGCGAAGCGCUUACAGCUGGCCCCUAGGCCAUGACGCGGGGACCGAGUCCCCGCGCUGGCCUAGGGCUUUCGCCCCUUGGCCGCACGGUGUCCGGGAAGCGCUCAAAGCUGGCCCCGAGGCCAUGACGCGGGGACCGAGUCCCCGCGCUGGCCUAGGGCUUUCGCCCCUUGGCCGCACGGCGUCCGGGACGGAAAUGGUCACAGCUGGCACCUAGGUCAUGGCGCGGGGACAUAGUCCCCGCGGUGACCUAGGGCUUUCGAUCGCCCCUUCGCCGCACGGUCUCGCGUGACUGACAGACUGGGCUUCGGGUCCAAACCCGGCAUGACAAAGUCCGAAAGGUUGGCCGGGGUGUGUCCGAAAGUCUGCCCGGGGUGUGUCCGAAAGUCUGCCCGGGGUGUGUCCGAAAGUCUGCCCGGGGUGUGUCCGGGGUGUGUCUGGGGUAUGUUCGGACUUUUUGCCUGGGGUAUGUUCGGGGGUCUGUCUGGGGUAUGUCUGGGGUUUGUCUGGGGUGUGUCUGGGGUAUGUUUAUACCCCACCUGUUGGCUUUUCGGCAUAAAAUUGUAGUCCGCCCGUGAUUGAGGAGCAUUUGCAUACCCCUGACACACCCCCGAACAUACCCCCGAACAUACCCCUCGCAUGCAUUUUUGACCAGCUGCUGCAGUUUAGAUAGUAAUCCGUCUGGCAUGACAGCAAAAAUCUGUCAUGCGCAGAUAGUACGUGAAAACGCCCCUUAAUGGACCCUACGAUGCAUGCCAAGCAUGACAAACGCAAUCAUCUUGCAUGUUGCGCAUCACAAAUUUACACUAGCAGCGUUUUUUUCUUGGAUACACCGGUUGCUACGGGCGGUUGGUGCCGGACGACCGGUUUGACACCUUUUUGCUCACUUCCUGCCGAUAUCAACUGCAAAAAUCCCUGGAUGUCUGGAAGAGUCGGGGCUUCUCAUGCACAUUUUGCAUGACCCGUGAGGUCUGUGAUGCUGGGGCUAGCAUCCAUUACAGAUUUUUUGAGAGCGUCUUGAUGCUAAUUACGCAUUAGAAAUGUUGCCCUCUCUGCGUGCCAAGAGCUGACUCCUCUUGCUGCUCAUGCAACACAGACAUUUUUAGAAUCCGCAGACAGCAUUACAAGUUCCACUCUUCCAGACCCAGGCACUUUUUCAAUCCAUAGCCGACGCGCCCUGCCGAAGACGCAGGUGUGCCUGACCAAACUGGAACACGGGCAGUACUGUCGCGCACCCAUGAUCUACACGGGCAAAGCCCGGACGCCGGCGGAGUGCGCGCUGCACAUCCGGAAACAGGGGAGUAAGUUCGUGUACGGAGAUUUCGGGCCGUAUGGCGUUCUCAAAUGUCAUAUUUUCAACUGUUAAGUACAUGAUUUGUCAUGCAAAAACAAAAUCACAUAUCAGAAUCGACACGAUCAAGCUGCUUCGCAUGACAGAUUCUCGAAGAGCCAAACAGGUUGAGAAUCUGCGCCAAAUCUGUCAUGCAAGACGCGCAAGAUCACCCCUUUGACUUUUGCCAUUCUUGCAUUACAAAUUCAUGUAACAGUUGUUCUUGUAGCAUUUGAGAACGCCAUAGGCCGGACGCCGGAGGUUGUUACGAACUGUUCGACGACGGCGGUGAAGGGGUUUUGACGUCAUUGUCCACAAGAACCACAUUAUUCGGUGGAGGUGGUGUUGUAUCCAGGAAAAACACCCAGCGGCCCCAUCCAAUUUGUCAUGCAAAACAUGCAUAAACUCCUGCGUUUGAUGUCAUGCAGAAAAUGGAUGGGGAUCAUGGGUGUUUUUUCAUGGAUAGGGUACUAGCACAAAUUCCUACUCCGCGUCUCUCUUCGACGAGCCGGAUGAAUUCGCGGACUCUUCGUGCACUCUAGGCUUAGCUAUCCUGUGCAAAAGUAUCGUACCCGUAUUGCAGGCAUGCAUUACAACUUUUUUUCUCAAGGUAAAUCUGCAUUACAAAUUUUAUUUCUCAUGCUGAGGAAUGCGAUACUUUUGCAGUUCAUAUUGGCGCUAGACGUACAUUACGACAUGUACCGGGUAUCAGACUGUGUAGGCAUGCAGAUCAAAUCACCAUGUAGAGCUCAUGACACGCUGCAAACACGAUGCAAAUCCCACCUGAAAUCCACGAUCUGAAAUCACAUCCAAGAGCGAAGAGCGAUGCAAAUCGAGAGAUGAUGAUGUGAUGAUGAUGAUGAACUUGUUCCUUUCCCCAAUGCAACAGUAACGUGGACAUACUAGCAGUAGGGUGCACACCGCCCUACAUGGUGGUUAGUGUGUUCUAACAAUCUUGAGCCCUGUGCUUAGAGAGCUAAACCCCCCGGGUUUAGUUAUAAUUUUUUUGUUUAUCCCCUUGAGUUUUACACUUGGACGCGCCUAGUUUUAGACUUUGAAAAAUUUCGAAAAACUAGGAACCACAAACAUGGCCACCGGCAACGAGAAGGAUCCCCCGCCGAAGAUGGCCACGAAGUUGGAGGCGGCGGAAGAUUGGGCGCGCUGGAGUUUUGACCUCUUCCGCAUCUUGGAAGGGUACCCGCGCAACCCGCCCCCGACCUCCACCGCCGUCGGCGCCUCCUCUUCUUCCUCCGCCCCGUCCUCGGGAGCUGGUACAGCCUGGAAGGAUUGGGCCGAACUUUAUGCGGAUUACCGGAAGGAUAUCGCUAGCGGCACGGAUAUCCCGACCGCCUUGGCGAAAAUCGAAACCGCUCCCAGUUGGAACAGCUGGACCGCGAAACCGCUCGCCGCCAUGAUUUCGCAAAGUUGUGGACCGGACCCCCACCAAAUUUUGCGCGCGAUCACCGGCCCGCAGCCUACGCACCUGCUUCGCAUGGUUUGGGCGCUCGAAAAUAAGUACGCCAGUCAGAAGAUGGCCACCCGCUUCGCUGCUGUCGUGGAACUUAUCCGCAUGCGGAUGAACCCCGGCGAGUUUGCGGACGAAUACGCUAACCGCGUGCGCGCUGUCUUCCGCGAGAAGCUUGGCGGAAAAAUUUUGCUGCCUGAGUUCUUAGCCGGCUGCAUUUUGUCCGGACUUCCCGACAACUUCGCCCCGACCGUUGCCACGCUCAUGGCCAACGAGGUGACCGACGCCGACCGCAUCACCACCACCCUCCGCGAGUUCCAGCGCGUUGCCGGCGAAACCAAGACCGAAGACAGCAAGGCCAACAGCGCCAAGGUUGUCGCCUUGGAGAAGAGCCAGGAAAAAUUGCGGAAGGAGUUGGCAAGCGUUAAGGCGAUCGCCAACAAAGGCAAAGGCAAAACGCAGAAGCCGGAGGACACCCAGAAGGCUAAGCGCUGCCAAUUUUGCCGGCACAAGGGCCACGACGUGAGCGAGUGCCGCAAGAAGAAGGCCGCCGACGCGAAGAAGACCGCGAGCGGAACCCCGCCCGGCACCGGUAAGAACAAGAAGGCAGGAGCGAACUGCGCGCGCGUUUUCCCGCUGCAGGUCACCGCCGAGGACGAAACCACCAACAAGCGCCCGCGCGCCCGGUCGGGUUCUUUGUCUUCUGUUGCCUCCCUGCUCUCCUCCUCGGAAUCCCAGGAGCAGACGACCGCGAGCAACACCAAGAAGGCAAACACCAACAGCGCCGCCGCUGUUGUCGUCCACACCGCCGAAAAGAAGACCGCGACCGCCCCCGUCCAGCUUCCGGAGCUGAAUGGGAUCACCAACGGCGUCACGGUGGGAAAGAAGAAAAACACGCCUUGGGGCUUGUCGGAUACCCUGCCCAUGUUUGUGCGCGAGCACGAGCAUCGGAUGGCCACCGAUGAGAACUAUGCGAGAAAGGCGGUCGAGUUGCCUUACACUCUUGCAGGAGAAAAGGCGGAACAAGUUCGAAAGUUCUACGAAACGCGUCAACCACAGCAAAACAAGAACAGUGUGAACCAGGGAUACUGCGAGCGUGCUCCGCUCGGUGUGCGUUCUCCGCACCUAAAAACAGUCAAUUUUUACUUGGCCAGUGUUCUGCUCGCUCUGCUUCUGUCGGUUUUGUGGUUCUUCGUGUUUGUGUGUUUUACGUUUUUGAACUGCCCCACCCUCGUGAUUGGAAGUCCAAUCUACCGAUUUACAUCGUGUCUUGCGAAAGCUGCGACGCAAAUCUGGAAUCUUUUCGGUCCCUGCCCCCCCAAGAUUUUGAAGAAAUUCGGAAUCUCACUCCCCCGGAAUUCUUUCAAGAAAUUGAAUCCCAGGAGGUUGCUACGACUUCCCUCGUAUGCCGCCGGUUGUGCCGCGUAUACGAGUCUUCCGAACGUCCUUAACUCCUCCAGGCACGCGCGCGCGCACUUCGUGCAGCAGCCGAAAGCCAAGGAUGGACUUCGAGUUUUGAAAGUCAUCACGGACAGUGGUGCUACCCACCACAUGUUCCCGCAUGAGUCAAUGUUUGAGAGCUUUACAGGAGAAACCGUGAGUCUCACAACAGCUGACGGCGAAUGCUCAGAGCCUGCGAAAAUCGGAAUUCUCAAGCCCAAUAACUUGGGUGCCCGGGUUGCGUUGUACCACCCUGCGUUGCAGGUUUGCCUGCUUUCUGUCGAAACGAUGGCGCAGGAUGGUGGAUCGUACUACCACGCGAAAGAAGAACGAUGGAUCCAGGAUGCCUCGGGCUAUCGCCACACGGUCAAAAUACGCCAAAAGCUUCCUUGCGUGGGUUUCUACCUCUUGGAAGGCGAGGCGUUGGCGAACGUGAUUGGAAACCAGAACUCCUGCUCCGCCUUGCGGUUACACCAAAGGCUUGGGCAUUUAGGAGUUCAAGGCAUCAAGGUUCAUUGCCCUGACUGCGCUGUUUCUAAGUCCUAUGGUUCUCAACAGCAUCGAAAGGUCCGCCCCGCGACCUAUCUCCACAAGGAGUGGAUGGACCAAGUUGAGACGGAUUUCUUCUCCGGAGGAUUACCCGCUUCCAUGGAUGGGAACACAAUCUGCAUUACGCUCCGGGACUCAGCCACAGACUGGCUCGAACCUUGGGGCAUUACAGACAAAGCGCAAUGUGGCAAGGUCCUUCGGGACUUUGCGACACAGGUCGGGGUCCCCAAGGUCGCUCGUUGUGACAAUGAGCCCGUGCUCAAAGGCAUGGAAGGACCAUGGAAAGAAGCCUGUCGGGAAAUCAAUUGCGUCGCUGGCCACAGCGUUCCACGAGAGCCGCAAGGCAAUGGGAACGUGGAGCGCUGGCACAGAACCCUUGGGGACGGUCUUCGGGCCAACCUUCAAGGAGUAGAUCCCCGGCUCUGGGAUUGGUGUGCGCGCUACGUUGCGUAUGUCAAGAACCGAGUGCAGCGGAAAACCAAGUUCCCCGCCCCUUUCUACAAGCGUUUUGGUCGUCAGGCUGAUGUCAAACACCUUCGCCGCUUUGGGUGCGUUGCGUACGUUCGCAAGCACAUUCCAAGCGACAAAGCCGAGAGCACGAAGUUGGUUGACCGCUAUGAAAAGGGAAUCUUCCUCGGAUACUCCAGGGAGUCAAGCUCGUACGUGGUAGGUGUUUUCCACCAUGAUGCACGCGCAAAGAGCGGCCAGAGAUGGACGACAGUCGAAUCUCGGUCGGUCAAGUUCGACGAGGACACGUUAGUGCCCAACGUCAACGCCCUUCGGAAACCGGAUAAAGAACCGUCGCAGAGGCAAGCCCCAAACGCCGACGAUUCCGCUGGAGCAGUGAGAAGCGAUUCCGAUCGCCUUCGCGCCGCGCUUGAGGAAGUCGAAAAGCGUUGGAAGCAAACUUCUGAGGGGGUUGAAGAACCGGCUCUGAAACGGAGAAAAACGGAGUCGCCCCCCCCGGCGCCGGAAACGGCCCAGGGCGGAGACAAAGAAAACGAGUCUGCCGGAAGUCCCACCGACGGCGACGGCCGUGGUGCGGCGCCCGCAGAUGGUCCCGCGCAGGAAGGAGGAAACUCAGCUCCUGUCGCCCCACAAGUUGCGCCCCAGGUAGCGCCGCCGGACGUUUCAAAGUUGAUCGAUGACGACCUCAACCCCUACACGUUAGUGGAAAAAGACGGCGUCACCAUCAAGAAAAGAAACCGUCGCGGACGGCCCAAGGGCCUCACUCGCGCACAAUGCCCCCACUGGCGUAAGCCCGGUCGGAAGCCCAAGCAGCCAACAGCUUCGGACCUUGUGCAGCCCCUUCGAGAUCAGCCCCAGGGCAAUGGCGCAAAAGCAAUUUUUGAAAAUGAAGUCGCUAGUGCGUUUGUUGCUUCUCGAGUUUUUGAUCAAGAGAAGGAUGGCGAGGCGAUUUGUUGGACAGUACAAGUCACCAGGGUGGAGGCGUUUACAGGACCAGACGCCGCCAAAUGGCUGGAAGCUGAUACGCUAGAGCGUACACAGCUAGAAGCACUUAAGUGCUGGAGGCCGUUACAAGAUGGCGAAUUCGGUAAGGACGACGAGAUCAUCCCGGCCGUUGUGAUUUACACUCGCAAACGGUGCGGAAGAUUCAAGGCCCGCCUUGUUGCACUCGGAAACCGCCAGACGAAAGUCAUGCGCGCCGAAGUGUUCUCCCCGACCGUUUCCCAUGCCGCGACCCGCACCCUGCUGGUUGAUGCCGCCGCUUCGGCUAAGUUCGUUGAACAAUUCGACAUCUCGAAUGCGUUCAUCCGUUCUGCCUUAGACGAAUCGGAUAGAGUCUUUGUUCGCUUACCCAAACACUGGAGCACGGAUCCCCGUGGCGACAAAGUCAGACUUUUGAAAUCCUUAUACGGACUCAAAAUCGCGCCACGCAAGUGGUAUGAUACGUAUGCCGCGUAUCUUCUGGAAGACGGCUGGAAACGCUGCCCCCAGGAACCCGGACUAUUCAAGAAGAAUGGGCUGACGCUGGCCAUCUACGUUGAUGACUCUCUCAUCUCGGGCGAGAAUUUCGACGAGGUGUCCGCCGCCUGCGCCCGUAUCCUUGGUAAGUUCGAAGGCAAACUUAUCCCCGCAGAGAAAGAAGGCUCUUUCGAUGUUCGGGAUAUCCUUGGCGUUCGUAUGCGUUACGAUCGGCAACGGAAGACCUUGCGUCUUGAUUUGGAGAAAGCCAUCAAGAAGCUUGCGGAAAAGUUCAAAAUCGACGCUGGAAAGCCACUUUCCACGCCGUGCGUUUACACCGACUUUGAUGAAGGAAAGCCGCUGCCGGAUUAUCCGCUGCGUAGCCUCAUCGGGGGACUGCAGUACAUUGCAACCAUGGCCCGCCCAGAUUGCAUGUUCGCAGUGAACAGGGUCGCACGAGCUCAAGUCAAGCCUACAGCUUCUGUCGUGACAGCGGCAAAGCGCGUAGUCAGGUACUUGCUGCAGACUUCCCAUGUCGUUCUAGAGUACACACCGGAACGGGAGCGGGAAUUUCGCAAGCAAUAUACUGAAGUGCUUGAGGAGCAGAAUUCCAAACAGUCCCUCCCGGAUUUUGUAGGAUUCAGCGAUGCAGAUUUUGCUGGGUGUUCCGUCACCCUCCGCAGCAGCAGUGGAAGCAUUCUCUUUUUCAGGGGCAUGCCCAUCGCUUGGUCUAGCAAGCGCCAGACACUUCGCGCAUACUCAACAUGCGAGAGCGAGUACAUUGCCCUCUUCGACACGUUGAAGCUAUCGCAGGCUCAGGGGUAUCUGGAGUGGCUCGAUGAAAAUCAGUCUCUUCCCGGUAUUCUCUUUGUGGACAACAAAUCUGCAAUCGAAGUUGCGCGCUCGGAGUUACCAACCAAGAAGACGAAACACUUCUUGCUCCGUUUUCAUGAAGUCAAGGAUCACGUCGAAAACAUCGCGCACGUACCCACCGGCGUGAACAAGGCUGAUCCCUUGACCAAACCAAUGGGAAAUCCUUUGCUGUGUUUCCACGCGUGCGCCCACCCAUCUAUUGACUUAGAUGAUAGCAAGAUAGGUCUGCCGGCUGUCUACGCCGCUUCGGUUUUCGAAUCGUAGUCCGUCUUCCGCGUGUCACACUCGAAGGCUGCACAUGCCUGCGGAAUUGUGUAGGAUUCUAGUGCCCGUCUGAUUUUCCUUCAUCCGCGCCCAAAACUUCGACAAGUUUCUGAGGGGGGGAGGUUUUUCAUCAGUUUCGUGGUUCUUCUUUGUGCCGUAGCCAUGAGAGAUUGCUUGUCGGUCUCGUCGUGAGUGAGCCAAAGACGCUAGAUUUAUGUUUGCAUUUGGAGCGAACCAUCAUCGUAGCAUCGGGAUUCAGUGGAUUUAUGCAUCACGGUGUCGCUUUCUAGGAUUUUGCAAUGCCUAUUUUCUAUACUUCUGUGACUAUCCACUACACCAAUAUCGUUCCAUCCUGUCACUAGGGGGAAUGUAGGCAAGUGAAUAGUCAUGAGGGGGAAUGUAGGCAUGCAGAUCAAAUCACCAUGUAGAGCUCAUGACACGCUGCAAACACGAUGCAAAUCCCACCUGAAAUCCACGAUCUGAAAUCACAUCCAAGAGCGAAGAGCGAUGCAAAUCGAGAGAUGAUGAUGUGAUGAUGAUGAUGAACUUGUUCCUUUCCCCAAUGCAACAGUAACGUGGAUGCUAGAACUUGUAGGUUGUCUACCGGCCUACAUGGUAGUUUUAGUGUUCUAACAGACUGCGAAUUCGAAUCCAAGUAUCGAAGGAAAAAAGAAAACCAUACACAAUCGUAUCUAUCAGUCUGCUCCAUUUUUUUUUUUUGGAAAACGAAAUAAACGUCACCAGUUCUUGCAUGCAGUAGGUACUACACAUCACAGCAUGGUGGAAGAUUGAUCCGUCAACAUGCACGGCAACUGUCUUCCUGUAGCUCUUGCCAAACGAGGACCUGCAAAAUGGUGUUUGACUGAUUGUGAUUAGUGAUCAUGUUUGUCUUUUUUCUCACCUCCAUACCAGCGUGAUUUCUUUCGCCUGGAACACUUUUUGCUGGCUGGUUUUCGUCUUGCUUUUCGGAAUUCCGUUGUGGUUGUUCCUGUUUUGCUGCUUCCUGUUUUGUAUGAAAUGUAAAAAUGUCUGGGUCUGGAAGAAUGCGCGAUUUGUCAUGCAGCUUUUCCAUGACCCAUGAGGUCUGGAAUGCAGGACAUAGCAUGACAGAUUCUGCGCGAUCUUUCCCAUGCCAAUCCUGCAUGAGAAACUGCCUCCCGACUUGGUCAAAACUGGACGACUUUUGGUAAUCAUGCAAUACAGAUUUUUGCAUGCUUCAGAUUUAGCAUGACAAGUUGGAUUCUUCCAGACCCAGACAUUUUUACAGUUGAUAUUUUGCUGCGACCCACAGUACAGCAUCAACGCGUAUUUUAACGAGCCGCCGGACGGGUACUUCCUGCGAAACAGCGACUCGAAAUAUUGAGAGAAAAAAUCCCCCCUCCCCAUAUCGAAAAGGUAUGUUUCCGAAAAUUUGUCUUGCUGAUUUGGGACAACAAAUCAACACGUCUGUCUUGCAAGAAGACAACCCCGCAGGCUCUGCCGCAUUAUGCAGGCGGUUCGUGAUGCUGCUGGGCCUACAGCAUAGUCGUUUCUCAUGCUAAGCGCUGCGCCUAGGCCAAAAGCUCUCUACUCAGGCUCGGCAGGAGCCUGCAGCCCUCUACUGCAAGACAGGCCUGAUUUGUAUACGCAUACCCAGCAUCAGAAACUCCCUUUUGAUAUGCGGAGGGGGGAUUUUUCCUUUUGAUACGAAAGCUGCGGUGGCGAAGGAACUACAGGCGGAAGCGAAUCUGUACGCUCCGGGGCGGGCGCUGCCGCGGGCAGUGGUGCAAGCAGGGGCUGCAUCAGGACAACUAGAUGGUGGAGGUGGUGUAGCUGGAUCGGUAGGAGUACAACUAGGACCGCAGCCAAUUUUACCCGCACCUGGAGCUGCAAGAAUUCCACCCCAAGACCAGGCCGCGGCCGCGGCAUCGCAAGCAGGCCAAAAAGUUCAGACAAACGCCACGAACUACUUUACAGCAAGUGCGGUGGAGAAUUACGGUUACAUGGAGAGUACAAAUGCACCGGGAGCAGGUCUUGUUCCAUACGCCGCGCCGCCAGACUCCUCUUUUGUCGCAACCGGAACUUCUGGCACAGCAGCUGCUUCAUCAGCAGGCACGGUGAAGACCGCGCUUCAGCAAAGCCGUGCAGUGGUGGAAGAAGUGCCGCAAAAGCAAUCGGCGUCCUCCACCGCAUCGGGAACAACUACUGUUGGCACCCGUUCGGUGCCGGCGAUACAGCAAAUGCCAGUACUGCAAGAAGACCAAACUGCCCUCGUUUCUGGGCGGACCGAUCAAAACGGUGGACUGGCGGGUACGGCCGCGGUAGCAGCAACAGGGAACAAUUAUAUCAAACCAUCGGGGGCAGGAGCAACAACGAGUAGUGCCGACCCGACUGUCGUGACGAGGAAAACGCGGCGGGCUCUUAUCAAAUGCAAAUAUGUCUGGUUCUGGAAGAAUGCAGAUUUUUGUCAUGCUGUUUUUGCAUGACACAGAAAGUCUGUCAUGGAAGCCCUAGGAGCAUCACAGAUCUCGAGAACGUUCCGCAAUGCAACCCCCCUUUUUGGUGACAGAAAACGGAAACCUUUUGCUGCCUAUGCAUGAGAGAUUUGCGCGCGUUGUGGAAUUCGCAUCACAAAUUUUUUGGAUCCUUCCAGACCCAGACAUUUUUGCAUUUGAUAGCUCGCGGAGUAGAAGAACAAGUCCUAACCGGACCUCCAUCGGCCAGAUUAGGCGAGAAUGAUGAAAAUUAUGGAACAAAUGAUCAGCAACAACCGAAUGGAAACGUCUUCUUCAGCACGGAUGACGGGCAAGCAUAUUUCUCAAGCGACCAGGUUCGAUAUGAAGAUGGACUGCAACAGUAUCGUACUCGUAUAAAUGCAUAUACAAAUUUCCUCAGCAUGAGAAAUAAAGUUUGUAUUGCGGAUUUGCUAUAAGAAAAAGAUUUGUAAUGCAAGACUUGCAUUUCUACGAGUGCGAUACUUCUGCACAGGAUAUUCGAUCCUCCGAGCAGCAAAUAAGCGGAGCAGAAGAUGACGGAUCUGCAUCACCGCGGUUGGCGGGCACGCCGACCGAAGAUACGCUGGUACAGGAUACGCGAGGGAAAGUUACUCCUUCCUAGGACCUGUUGAAUGUGCUGGUGUUGGUUCCUGUAGAUCAAGGUACUAGAUGUUGACCGUGUAAAAAUGAUGAAAAGGGGUCUGAGCUUCAUGUUUCAACAUCUCGUGUGCGACCAAGAUUAUAUCGACGUCGACGAAAAUGUACGAUUGUAUUAAAAUUGAUAAAAUGUGAUACUGAGCACAAACACCGAAAAUCAAGCAU